GAUGCGGUCAGGUAGAAAGCAGAGCGCCUCGUCUCGGGAUUUCGCUGGAGCAACGGCAGGCUUUUCCAGAUCACGUCUUCCUUAAACCACUGCCUUUUUAAAGUUUGUAUUACAGAAAUCAGUUGCUGUGUUUUUUGUAUGCAAUAUUGUUUCUUUAUCCGUUUAUUUAUUGCACAUUGUAUUUGAUGCCAGGCGUUAAUUUACAGUUUGAAAUGCAAAUUAGAGAAAGGAGUGUGAUGAGGGAGAUUGUUCGACUGGCUGUUAAUUUGCCAUUGCAGGGAAGUUAAUAAUAAAUUGAAUUUCAGACGUCCUUGCUUAGACAGCACCGUUUCAGGGUAAACUGUAUAGGAAAAGGUUUCAGUCUGUGGACUCUUCGAGGGUAUGCAACUUAAUACGAAUAAUUGGUCUAAGCGGUGCUUUUGAUUGCGGGUUGAUUUUUUUUUAUACAAACAAAUCUGAUUGCGAUGUACUUUAUUUUUAUUUUAUUUCGUGUUUCAUAACGAGGAGGCACGUGGAAAGGUUUUCACUGUCAUGUCUGAGGACAGGGCAGGGGAUUAGUAUGCGGAUUAUGUUUUGGUGGUUGUACUAAUUUGAUUUAAUGACAGUUUUCCCCGUAAUAUUUUUCGGCAAAUCUAAAUCUAAUUUUAGUUGUUUUCUACGCGUUUGAAAGAAAAGUUUUAGAAAAGUUUUUAUUUUCUUCGUAACCGAGUUUAAUUAGGAAAUCGAUAAGGAAAAGGAAAUUUCUUAGUACAUUUUUUUAAUCAUUUCUUUAUCACAAUCUAUAAGCAAUAUAUACAGAGAAUUAACCAGUUAAGAAAUAAGUAUGCCGUUGUACAAAAGAGAGAUUUUCAGUUGCACGAAUGAAGCACAUACUUUGUAAUUUGUACCAAGAAUUAAUGCCAAGUUAAGGUAAGACCAUAUAGUGCUGAAGAUAUCGUUUAGGCUGUGGUUGGGCUGGAGCUUUGAAAGUCAGAUAGGUUGAGGGCUGUGAAAUGGCAGACAGGACAGCCCCGCGCUCUCAGCUCAGACUGCAGUGGAUAUAUGGCUACAGAGGACACCAGUGCCGCAACAACCUGUACUACACGGCCAGCAAGGAGGUUGUGUACUUCGUGGCUGGGGUUGGCGUGGUUUACAGCACCAGGGACCACAGCCAGAAGUUUUUCCUGGGUCACAAUGAUGACAUUAUCAGUCUGGCUUUGCACCCCGACAGAGUGCAGGUGGCCACCGGGCAGGUUGGGAAGGACCCAUUUAUAUGUGUUUGGGACAGUCACACGGUGCAGACACUGUCCAUCCUCAAAGACGUUCACACCCACGGGGUGGCCUGCCUGGCUUUCGACUCUGACGGGCAGAGGUUGGCCUCUGUGGGCCUUGAUGCCAAGAACACGGUGUGUGUGUGGGAUUGGAGGAGAGGCAGGGUGCUGGCCUCAGCCACCGGUCAUGUGGACAGGAUCUUUGACAUCAGCUGGAGCCCAGACCAACAGAGCAGACUGGCAAGCUGUGGGGUGAAGCACAUCAAGUUCUGGUCUCUCUGUGGAAAUGCACUGACCCCCAAAAGGGGUGUCUUUGGGAAGAUGGGGGACCUGCAGACCAUCCUGUGCCUGGCCUGUGCCAAGGACGAAGUGACAUUCUCAGGGGCACUGAACGGGGACAUCUAUGUGUGGAAGGGGCUCAAUCUGGUGCGCAGCUUGCAGGCUGCGCACGGGGCGGGGGUUUUCAGCAUGUAUGCUUGUGAGGAGGGCUUUGCGACCGGCGGACGUGAUGGCUGCAUACGUCUAUGGGACGUGGACUUCAAGCCCAUCACCAAAGUAGACCUGAGGGAGACAGAGCACGGGUACAAAGGCCUCUCCAUUCGCAGUGUGUGCUGGAAGGCGGAUCGCAUCCUGGCAGGAACCCAAGACAGCGAGAUCUUUGAGGUGAUGGUGCAGCAUCGCGACAAGCCACUGCUUAUCAUGCAGGGCCACUGCGAGGGCGAGCUCUGGGCACUGGACGUGCACCCCAAACAGCCACUGGUGGCCACUGGCAGCGACGACCGCUCUGUGCGCCUGUGGAGCCUGACGAGCCGGGCCCUGGUCGCACGCUGUAACAUGCCGCAGGCAGUGCGCAGUGUGGCCUUCAGCGGUGACGGCGUGCAGCUGGCUCUGGGCAUGAAGGACGGCUCCUUCACGGUGCUCCGUGUCAGGGACAUGACAGAAGUGGUGCACAUCAAAGACAGGAAGGAGGUGAUCCACGAGAUAAAGUAUUCUCCUGAUGGCUCGUAUCUGGCCGUGGGCUCCAACGACGGCGUGGUCGACAUCUACUCUGUGUCGCAGCGCUUCAAGAAGGUGGGCGAGUGCAGCAGGUCAUGCAGCUUCAUCACGCACCUGGACUGGUCUGUGGACAGCAGGUUCCUGCAGACCAACAACGGUGCGGGGGAGCGGUUCUGCUACAAGAUGCCGGCUGGGAAGCAUCUGCUCUCCAAAGAGGAGAUGAAGUCGGUUCACUGGGGGACCUGGUCCUCAGUACUUGGAGCCGAGGUGAACGGGAUUUGGCCCAAGUACACCAAUGUCAACGACAUCAACUCUGUGGAUGCCAACUAUGAGAGCGCCGUGCUGGUGACCGGGGAUGAUUUUGGUCUAGUCAAGCUUUUCCGGUUCCCCUGUGUGAAAAAAGGUGCAAAAUUCAAGAAGUAUAUUGGCCACUCUGCCCAUGUGACCAAUGUGCGCUGGUCACAUGACCUGCAGUGGGUGCUGAGUACCGGCGGGGCAGACCACUCGCUCUUCCAGUGGAGGUUCCUGCCUGAGGGGAUCAUGAACGGUGUCUUAGAACCACUUCUCCAAGAGGGCUACGCCAACUCCAACAGCGAGGAGUCUGACUCCGAACAGUCUGACGUUCCCGAGCUGGACUCGGAUAUUGAGCAGGAGGCGCAGAUGAGUUAUGAGCGGCAGGUCUACAAGGAUGACCUUCCUCAGCUGAAACAGCAGAGCCAGGAGAAGAAGGAGCUGGCUGGUUUGCUGAGACGCCAGAAGGCACCAGAAGAGGGCCUACGUCUGAAGUUUGUUCAUGGGUACAGGGGCUCUGACUGCAGGAACAACCUGUCCUACACGCAGGGUGGCGAGGUGGUGUACCAUGUGGCGGCAGUGGCCGUCGUCUAUAACAGGGAGCAACACACACAGCGUUUCUACCUGGGCCACAACGAAGACAUUUUGAGCCUGGUCAUACACCCCCUCAAAGACUACGUGGCUUCUGGACAGGUUGGCCGGGACACCACUAUCCAUAUCUGGGAUGUUCAGACCCUGAAAUGCCUGUCGCUCCUCAAAGGUCAGCACCAAAGGGGGGUGUGUGCACUGGACUUCACAGCAGAUGGGAAGAACUUGGUGUCUGUAGGCAUUGAUGACAAUCACACCAUUGUUAUUUGGGACUGGAAGAAGGGAGAGAAACUGGCAUCCACUAGAGGGCACAAGGAGAAGCUCUUUGUAGUGAAGUGUAACCCCUUCCGCAUGGACAAGCUGGUGACCGUGGGCAUGAAGCACAUCAAGUUCUGGAGCCACGCAGGUGGGGGCUUGACCUGCAAACGGGGGCUUUUCGGAAACCUGGGCAAGCUGGAGACCAUGAUGUCAGUGUGCUAUGCGCGCUCAGAGGAGCUGGUCUUCUCCGGGGCAGCCACAGGAGACGUGUACGUGUGGAAGGAGACCUCACUCGUGAAGACCCUGAAGGCGCACGACGGGCCCGUCUUCGCCAUGUACUCCCUGGACAAGGGAUUUGUAACCGGGGGCAAAGAUGGGGUGGUGGAACUUUGGGAUGACAUGUUCGAAAGGUGUCUGAAGACCUACCCCAUAAAGAGAGUGGCACUGUCCCCCGCGUCCAAAGGGCUGCUGCUGGAGGAUAACCCCUCUAUCCGUGCCAUUACUGCAGGGCGGGGCCAUAUCCUGGUGGGAACCAAGAAUGGAGAGAUACUGGAAAUCGACAAAAGUGGCCCCAUGACUCUACUUGUUCAAGGUCACAUGGAAGGGGAGGUGUGGGGCCUGGCCGCCCACCCUCUCCUCCCCCUGUGUGCCACCGUGAGUGACGACAGGACGCUGCGCAUCUGGGAGCUGUCUAACCACCGCAUGGUGGCAGUGCGUAAGCUGAAAAAAGGAGGAAGGUGCUGUGCCUAUUCCCCAGAAGGCAAAGUUUUAGCAGUGGGCCUUAACGAUGGCAGUUUCCUAGUGGUGAACGCCGACACCCUGGAGGACAUGGUCUCGUUCCACCACAGACGGGAGAUGAUCUCCGAUAUCAGGUUCUCAGAAGGUUCUGGAAAAUACCUUGCGGUGGCUUCCCAUGACUCCUUUGUGGAUAUCUACAAUGUUCUGACCAGCAAGAGAGUGGGCAUCUGCAAAGGGGCCUCCAGCUACAUUCGCCAUAUUGACUGGGACGUCCGCGGAAAAUUGCUGCAAGUUAAUUCAGGUGCCAAAGAACUGCUAUUCUUCGAAGGCCCCAGAGGAAAAAGACAGACACUCCCAUCUCCUGAGAUAGAGAAAAUCGAAUGGGCGACCUGGACCUCCGUGCUGGGGCCCUCAUGUGAGGGCAUCUGGUCCAUUCACUGUGACAUCAACGCCACAUCCCUCACCAAAGAUAAAAAGCUGCUUGCUACCGGCGACGACUUUGGCUUUGUGAAGCUGUUUGCAUACCCAGCCAAGGGUCAGUCUGCCAAGUUUAAGAAGUACAUAGCUCACAGCGCCCAUGUGACCAACGUGCGCUGGUCACAUGACAAUACCUCACUGCUGACUGUGGGCGGGUCCGACACAGCCCUCAUGAUCUGGGCCCGGGAGGCUUCUGGGAACUGGGAGAACAAGCCAGUGGACAGCGAGGAGUCGGACGCAGACGCAGAAGAGGAUGGGGGGUAUGACAGUGAUGUGGCCCGCGAGAGAAGCUCCACCUAUACCCCCAAGAUGUUUGCGGCCAGCGUCCGGGAGAUGUGUGGUGCGAAGCCACCCCAGCAGCAACGGGAUGUGAUACUGGAGGAGAGACUUCCUGUCAGCAGAGCCACACCGCUGCCUGAUAAACUCCAGAAGAACAAUGUUACCAAGAAGAAAAGGCUGGUGGAGGAUCUGGAGCUGGAGCACGUGUUCGGAUACAGGGGAUUCGACUGCCGAAAUAACCUUCACUACCUGAACGACGGCAGUGACAUCAUCUUCCACAUGGCCGCGGUGGCUGUGAUACAGAACCUCAGCACAGCGGCUCAGAGUUUCUACCUGGAGCAUACAGACGACAUUCUCUGCCUGACUGUGAACCAGCAUCCCAAGUUUCAGAACAUUAUAGCCACGGGACAGAUAGGUGAUGUCCCAGAGCCACCAGGCACCACCCCAUCCAUCCACGUGUGGGACGCCACCACCAAGGAGACCCUCUCAAUUCUACGCUGUCCCCAUGCCAAGGCGGUCGGCUAUGUCAGCUUCAGUGCCACGGGGAAGCUGCUGCUGUCCGUGGGGGUGGAUCCUGAACACACCAUCACGGUGUGGCGGUGGCAGGAAGGGGCCAGUGUCACCAGCAAAGCUGGCCACGUCGACAGAAUCUUUGUGGUGGAGUUCAGGCCUGAUUCCGACACGCAGUUUGUGUCCGUGGGGAUCCGGCACAUCAAGUUCUGGACCUUGGCGGGAGGGUCUCUGAUCUACAAGAAGGGCGUCUUCGGCUGCCUGGAGAAUGGCAAGAUGCAGACCAUGCUGUCAGUGGCUUUUGGUGCUAAUAACCUCACAUUCACGGGUGCCAUUAACGGCGACGUGUACGUGUGGCGUGAUCACCUGCUGGCGCGGGUUGUGGCCAAGGCCCACACUGGGCCGGUGGUCAGCAUGUACACCACACUGAGGGACGGGCUCAUCGUCACCGGGGGCAAGGAGAGGCCUACUAAAGAGGGUGGAGCGGUGAAGCUGUGGGACCAAGAGCUGAAGCGCUGCAGAGCCUUCCAGCUGGAGACGGGCCAGCCGGUGGAGAACGUGAGGUCUGUGUGCCGGGGGAAGGGGAAGAUACUGGUAGGAACAAAGGAUGGAGAGAUCAUGGAAAUUGGAGAGAAGAACGCAGCCUGUAACCUCAUGACCAAUGGACACACGGAGGGAAGGAUAUGGGGUCUCGCCGCCCACCCCUCCAAAGACCUGUUCAUCUCAGCGAGCGAUGACGGGACCAUCCGCAUCUGGGACCUGGCUGACAAGAAACUGCUGAAUAAAGUGAGCCUUGGCCACCCAGCCAAGUGUGUGAGCUACAGCCCAGACGGCGAGAUGGUGUCUGUCGGCAUGAGCAACGGCGAGUUCAUUGUCCUCACGGUCAGCUCGCUCACUGUGUGGGGCAAGAAGCGUGACCGCAGCGCCUGUAUCCAGGACGUCCAGUUCAGUCCGGACAGCAAGCUGCUGGCAGUGGGCUCGCUGGAGAACACGGUGGAUUUUUACGACUUGACGCUUGGCCCCUCGCUCAGCCGCAUCGGCUACUGCAGAGACAUCCCCAGCUUUGUCAUCCAGAUGGACUUCUCUGCUGACGGCAGAUACCUCCAGGUGUCCACAGGGUGCUACAAGCGUCAGGUACAUGAGGUUCCCACAGGGAAAGUGGUAUCAGAGCAGUCUGUUACAGACAAAAUCACGUGGGCCACCUGGACCAGUACCCUAGGAGAUGAUGUGCUGGGAAUCUGGCCACACAAUGCGGAAAAGGCCGAUGUGAUCUGCGCCUCCGUCUCCUGCUCCGGCCUCAACGUGGUCACGGGAGACGACUUCGGCCUCGUCAAGCUGUUUGACUUUCCAUGCACUGAGAAGUUUGCCAAACACAAGCGGUAUGUUGGCCACUCAGCCCAUGUGACCAAUGUUCGUUUCUCCUACGAUGACAAAUAUGUGAUAAGCGCUGGGGGUGAUGACUGCAGUGUUUUUGUGUGGAAAUGCCUGUAGUGACACCCGGCCUUGUGCUACAGCGUCUGUCCCUGGCAGCACAGCGACAUCACAGGUGGACACGCUGAUGAAUACCUCGAUUUUACGCAGAUGUGCCAUGUCGGGCCCCUGAUGGGACAGAGGGCUCCCAGUGUCUGCUGCCAGUAUAAAUCACAAAGUAUUUCCCUAGCCAGUAAAAACCUCAAGUUUACGUUUCACUUCACAGAAGGCUGACAGGACCUGUUAAGGGGCAGUGUCUUGGGCAGAUAAAUUCACCAACCUGCUGUACCAAAACUACUGUUUUCAUCAGUAGAUAAGUGCCUUUCAAAGUAAAAGUAAUUUUUAUAUGUUUAAAACUCAGUAUAAGAAAUCAUUGUGAGGUGUUUUUUUGGUGCUAUCAAAUAUUAAACUGAGGGCUAUAAUGAGUUUCAUCAUAGAGGCAUAAAACCUCAGAAGCCUUUUCAGGCGUGUGUACUGUUGUUUUGGGGGUGAAAAGCAAUGAAUAGCAACCUACAGUCUAUGUUAGAUGUGUUUCAGUAUACGUCAACGGAUGUGUAGAAGUACAUUUGAUUAUAAAAUUAGAUUAAGUAAUAAUGUGAUGCCCAAGUUCCUAUCCCUGUAUCAUAUACUUGUGACUAGACAAAAACCAAAAGGAUACCGAAUUCUGUACCCAAGAUAACUAUGCAUCAUAAACUGUCCCUAUAUCCAGUAUUACUAAUAAUCUGGUGCCCCCUUAUGUAUGCAGGAUGACACCUUCAGUUAGUUAUGAAUUCUGUCCUUCAGUAACUGUGUAACAAGCAUGAAAUGAAUGGUGAAAGUAUUAUUUUUUUGUAAAACUGUCCUUUAAAUAUUUCUUUAAAACGUGUAUAUAUUGAUUUAUAUGGUUCAGACCUUAAAUGUUGUUUACAUUUUGUGACAUUUCAGUGAGGUUCCCUUUAUGUGUGUAGGUACGGUGUAGUUAUGUUUGAUAAUGAAUGUGUUAAUGUGCAGAUGUUCAGUGUAUCUGGAAGAAAUAUAAAGAUCAAAACACAAA